GUAAAACCGCGAUUGGAAGAAGAAGCAUACACUUCAAUUUUUGACUUCAAUAAUCAGCCUUUAUAAAUUACGACUAAUUCUGUUAAGCAGUUCUAGAAUUAAAAUUUGUGAUAAUAUUUUGUAAUUAUACAAUUCGAAAAUGAGUAAAUUGUCUUUGGAGCAUACUUUACAAGGGCAUAAAGGCAGAAUUUGGGGCGUAGCAUGGCACCCGAAAGGUAAUGCGUUCGCUUCAUGCGGCGAGGACAAAACUAUACGCAUUUGGUCGUUAUCUGGAAACACAUGGACCACGAAAACUAUACUCUCUGAUGGACAUAAGCGCACAAUACGCGAAAUUAGUUGGUCACCUUGCGGCCAAUAUUUGACCUCUGCUAGCUUUGAUGGCACCACGGCAAUAUGGUCUAAAACGUCAGGUGAAUUUGAAUGCAUCGCUACAUUGGAAGGUCAUGAAAAUGAAGUGAAAAGUGUGAGUUGGUCAAAUUCAGGCAAUCUUUUGGCAACGUGCUCGCGUGACAAAUCUGUAUGGAUUUGGGAAUUGGCUGGUGAGGACGAAUUCGAUUGCGCUGCUGUGCUCAAUUCACACACACAAGAUGUGAAGCGUGUGGUGUGGCAUCCCAAGAAAGAAAUUUUGGCUUCCGCUUCUUAUGACAAUACAAUAAAAAUGUACGCUGAAAACUCCGCAGACAAUGACUGGUAUAGCACAGCCACACUGGAAUCACACACCAGCACCGUGUGGGGUAUAGAUUUCGAUGCUGAUGGCGAACGUUUGGUGUCGUGCAGUGACGAUAAAACAGUAAAAAUAUGGCGCGCUUACCAUCCGGGUAAUGAAGAGGGCAUUUAUACGCCAGAUAACGAGACUGUGUGGAAGUGUGUUUGCACAAUUUCUGGCGAGCAUUCCAGAGCCAUCUACGAUGUUGCGUGGUGUAAAAAAACUGGUCUUAUAGCGACUGCUUGUGGAGAUGACGCAAUACGCAUAUUUAAAGAAGAUGCAAACUCACAAAAGAAUGAACCAACAUUUUCAUUGAUAACAUCGGAAAAUAAGGGACACUUGCAAGAUGUGAAUGCGGUGAAAUGGAAUCCUGCACAGGAAGGACAAUUAAUUUCCUGCAGUGAUGAUGGUACAAUAAAACUAUGGAAAUUCAUAGAAUAGAUAGGUAAGAAUUCAUUGACAACUGUUUAGCUGCGCUUUAUUUCACUUUGUAGAAAAAAAUAAAUAUGUUCAGAUGCAUUUGAA